GCUCACAAGCUCCGGCCGCUACUAUGUGUUUCGGUCAUGUACAACAGUUUUGUUGGGCCGCGCUCCGCCGUUGCACAGCGUCGCCUUGCCCCUCCUCAAUUACUCCUUGGUCGCCUUUCGCCAGUCGGCCGCUCCACCGUUGUCGCCCAAAGCGAGUCCGUUGUAUGGUCAUGGCCUUCCUUGACGGCGCACAGAGCGCUCUCCGGUCUCUGCGGUAGCUGCUCCGUCAUCGUCCUCCGCGCCAUCUGCAGCAUCCUCGACCAUGCCCUCUGCCAUACUGCCGCCGCCACCGCCGUCAUAGAGUUAGGGUUUGGGUGGGGAAUCAGGAGAGAACGCAUGGGCCACAUCACACACGCUUCUGCCUUUUCAGCGGGCUAACGUGGGGUAGAAAUGACUUUUCAUGUUGCACAUAAAGGUGUUCGUGGUUAAAACUAACGUAAAUGUUAUAAAGAGAAUAAAAUAAAGUUUCAGUGUUAAAAGGGGAAGAAAUGUUAAGAAAGAGACAGAUAAGGAAUUCUCUCUAGAUCUAUCCCGACCCUCCAUGUCGCCGCCCACAUCGGUGUUGCCGGAUGAGCUUCUGGAGGAGAUCUUCCUCCGCCUGCCGCCGGACGAGGCUGAGCACCUCGUGCGCGCCUCCCUCGCCAGCAAGUUCUGGCUUGGCCUCCUCUCCGGCGCUCGCUUUCGCGGCCGCUACCGUGAGUUCCAUGGAGCUCCUCCCAUGCUCGCCUUCCUUUAUUCCUGCCACUGGAACUCCCGCCCGAAGAUGGAAGAUAACAUCCCACACUUUGUCCCCACCACGAAAUUUCGUCCGUGCAUUCCCGACGAUGACUGGGGGGACUGGGAAUAUGAUGCGUGGGACUGCCGCCAUGGUCGUGUUCUCCUUGGCGAUGCAGGCUAUAAACCCAUGACGCUCGUCGUUUGGGACCCCAUGACGGGCUGCCGGAGGGAGCUGGAUGCGCCCGUCCUGGUGGACAACAGCUACGGGGCAGCGGUGCUCUGCGCUGCGAGUGGCUGUGACCACAGUACGUGCCACGCAGGGCCCUUCCAGGUCGUCUUCAUCGCUCUGAACAAGACUGAUGCUCAUCAUUGUGUUGCACAGGCGUGGGUGACCUUGCCGGUGACAUGUGACCACAGCAACCCCAUUUUGUUGAGCACAUACGGUUCUCAUUUUGAUAAGUGGAGCAAGUCGUGCUCCCGCCUUCAUCUUGUCUCCGAUGUGUACAUCCACGAAGCGCCUCCUAUCUUCGUCCAAGACACACUUCACUUCAAGCUUUGUGACUGCUUCGAUGAUCGCCUGGUAGGAAUUCUCAAGUACGACCUGAGCACUAAUUGCUUAUCACUAAUUGAUAUGCCGCUUGUGGAGUCUAUCAUUGUCGAUGAUGUUAUCCUCAUGGCGAUGGAGGAUGACAAUUUGGGGUUUGCACAUGUGGGUGGGUUAGUCCUCAAUCUGUGGUCAAGGCACAUGGGUUCUGACGGAGUUGCAUCAUGGACUCAGUGUACAGUCAUCAAUAUCACCGACAUUCUUCCCAUUCAAAAUCCAAAGAAAAGACUUAGGCUGAUUGGAUCUAUGGAAGGCACCGAUAUCAUUUUCGUGACCACAGAUCUUGGCAUCUACAAGAUUAAUCUGAAGUCACUACAGUGGAAGAAAGUAUGGGAGAGAGAAAAGCUUUCAUCCCAUACAGGAGUUUCUACAAUUCACAAGAAAGGGUGACCCCCAGUGACGCGGUGCAUUAAGAAUGUGUGGUUGAUUAUGUACGAGGCUACACUCAUCAACAAGAUAGGUGACAAACUUGGAGGCAACAGGGGUCUCGCGAAGUCCUGAUGAAUUAUGUCAUCAUUCAGUAGCCCUUUUGGUGCAGCGGUGCUUGCUUGUUUUCUCAUGUUGUUGGUAGCUUUUGUCAGUUAGCUUGAUAAUCUCCCGUGUUAGUGGCCGAGUGAAUUGAUUAUCUUUGUAAUGAACCUCUAAUUUGGUGUACCCUGUUGUAGAAUUUACUUGAAAAAGCAUUUGCAGAGAGUAACUUGGUAUUACCAUUUUAAAAACUCUACAGUUUGCCCUGUCCCAGCUUUGAUCCAAUCUUUAAAUUCAUCUCUCAAAAGAUGUA